UAUUUGGCACUUCAGGAAGAGACCCUGCCAUGAUGUCAUCAGCAAGUCUGAAUCUGCCUUGUAUGUUGCUGAGGCUUGUUGAAGUACAUGCAUUCUUUUCCAUCACAUAUGCUGACAAUCACACAAAUCUGAGAAACAACAUGGCCACGGAAGCUCUGAACACUCUGCAGAUCUAUGUGGUGAUCUUUUGCCUGGUUUUAACGGGACACUGUGCAGAGGACUUCAAGGAUAUCCGGCAGUAUGUAAAGUACUACGAGAGCCUUUCUUAUGACAGAACCGCAUUACUGCAGCAGCAUCAUCGAGUAAGACGUCACCUCACUCCAGAAACCCAGGUCCUGCAUCUGGACUUUGAAGCUUUUCAGAAGGUUUUCCGUUUACGACUAAAGCCAGACUUUGAUGGGUUUGCAGAAGAUUUCAAGGUCCUGUCCAGCAAUCAAUCAUGGAAAGGCGACCUCUCUCACAUAUAUUCAGGAGUGCUGGAAGACGAGGUUGGCUCUUCGUGCCAGGGGUCAAUCCUUGAGGGCCAGUUUGAAGGCUCCAUCAAAACCUCCAAUGGGACUUUCUAUGUGGAAACUAUGCAGAGGUACUCAUCUGAGUCAACAGAUAAUCACUCUGUCAUCUACCAUGAGGAUGAUAUUGAUGAUGUUCCUAUGGUAGGUGGUCAUGCUGGAUUCUGUGGUACAGACCGGUUGCAGAGUCUAUUCCAAAGCCUCAGACAGGAUGAACCACUGCCCAGGUCAAAGCGUACAGUGGACCAGUCCAAAACUAGCUGUCUGCUUCAUCUGCAUGUGGACUAUUUGUUUUAUCAGAGAUUUGGCAGCAUCGAGUCUGUCGUUGCCCAGGUUGCAUCAUACAUGAAAGCAGUAAACAAUAUAUUUCAUAAGGCUGAGUUUGAUGGGAUUGAUGUAAUUGACUUCAAGGUGAAAUCGAUGAAGUUUGUUUUAGAAUUAAACCCAGAUGACGUGCUCCAGGAGACUUUCAUUGGCCCUGAGAAGCUGCUGAGUCUUUAUUCAGAAAUGAACUGGGGAAACUACUGCCUGUCCUACCUGCUUACCAACCGUGACUUCAACGGCGUCCUCGGUCUGGCCUGGGAGGGAAAGCCAGAUAACUGGGGUGGGAUCUGUUCCAAACCCAUACACACACAGGAUGGUCAGUCAUCCAGCCUGAACACUGGUCUGAUAACACUGAAGAACUUUGGACGUUACCUUCUGCCCAAGUUUGUUCAGCUGACCUUUGCUCAUGAGCUUGGCCACAGUCUGGGAGCUCCUCAUGAUGAAGGCUCGGAUUGUGGUGAUCUAGGAGUCACUGAAGGUAAAGGAUAUUUCCUGAUGUUCCCACAUGCUGCAGAUGAAGUGAAGGAGAACACCGACCGUUUUUCACCAUGUAGCCUCCGGCAUAUGAGCCGUUUGCUGGAGAUCAAGAAGGACAAUUGUUUUGUUGUCAGCAGUCAGCCAAUCUGUGGAAACCGGAUUACGGAGAAAGGAGAGGAAUGUGAUGUAGGACUCAAUGCAAAUGAUCCGUGUUGCUACAGUUCAAAGGAGCCAAUAGAAAUUCAGUGUCGCCUAAAACCUAACAAACAAUGCAGUCCGAGUCAAGGUUUCUGCUGCAGCUCUGGAUGUGUCUUUAAAACCUCUGGACAGCUGUGUGAGGAAGACUCAGAGUGUCGGAUGAAAAGCAUGUGUACAGGAAUCUCUGCCACAUGUCCUCAACCUGCUGCCAAGCCAAACCUGACAGUGUGCAGUCUGGGCACACGGGUUUGUCAUAACGGGGAAUGUUCACGCUCCCUGUGUGUGCUACACGGACUGGAGCAGUGCGACUGCCUGGGGGGAGACAAGAAAGAAAAGUGUCACAUGUGCUGCCAGCAGAGAGGAAACCCCAAGACAUGUGCAAGCACCACUUCCUCUGUGCUCUCAAUGUACUUUAAGGGACAGCGGGUGGCAUUGCUGCCUGGAUCUCCAUGCUACAAAAACCAGGGCUAUUGUGAUCACUUUCAGACAUGUCGCUUGUUGGAUGCAGACGGCCCCAUCGCCAGACUGAAAAAUGUCUUCCUGAACCUGCGAGAGUAUGAUGAUGUCGCAGACUGGAUGAAGGCCCACUGGUGGGCGAUCCUGCUAGGCAUCCUGGGAGUCUCGGCAGUAAUGGCUUUCAUUGUCUGUCUGUUUGGACGCACACCUAAGAGUGUCAAUAAAGAAGAGACUACACAAUAACCGAGCUAGAAAUAUGCUGGACAAUACAGACACUCUGUUGUUUUAUACCUGACAGUAUAUUUAAGUUUCUGUGCCCAUGCUCAUUACAAAGCACUGAUUUUUAAUGUUUUUUAUAACUCUCUCUAUGCAUUAAUAACAUUUAGCCUGUGUAUGCAUGUCACAUUUGAUUUCUGUGUUUCUACAGAAUCAGUGUGAGAGUUGUCAGAGGAAAAAGGCUCCAAGAGCUAAGAAAUAUCAGAUGUGAAAACUCAUUCAUUUUAGUAAUGUAAACUCUUGAAAUUGUAAAUGUAGACUUGAUACUUGUAGACUUUUAAAAUUUUUUGCCUCGUAUUCAGAAGCAUGUGGGUGGUAUUGCCCUUAUCACAGCAAAAUGCAGAGUACAGCUAAAUAAAUGACUCAUUAUUUAAGAGAAA